GCCGCCGCCCGCACUUGGCUCGCUGGGAGCCUCUAAGCCGCGGGCCGUAGGCGCGGUGACAACUUUGCGGCCGCCGGGGGCGCGGCUCUCCUGGGUGCGUGUGCGAGUGUGCAUGUCACCGGCGGCCUCCUGGGGGCAGCAGCGGAAAGGGGGACCAGGAGAAAGAGGUAGCCUUGGCGCCCGGUGACCAAGGAGGCAGAGGACCCUCGCUGCGCCGGCUCACGAGAGCUAAACUCCGCCGGGGCUGUGCCCAGAGCGCGUUCGAAGGUCGCAGCAGGCACCCUCCAAGUCCAGCAGCGGUGACUCGCUUUAGGACUUCGAUUCCUUUUGCCUGCCCCGGCGAUAGCAACUGUAUUUGCAGGCGAAGAAGCGGCAGCCGCGGCAGCAGCAUCCCCAGCCCGGGUGGGACCAUUGAGCCCCGGAGCCGGCGGCUGCAGGCAGGAAGGGAGGGUCGUGGCUCCGAUCUGAGCGCAUUCUCCAGGCGCCCGUCUUCCACAGCUGGCCCUCUCCCGGGCCCCGGGUGCAGGUUUCUAACAAUGGUGCGAAGCGUCGGCGCGAGCCCCGCGUCCGCCCAGCGGUCGUAGAGGAAGUGGCCGGGCUCCGGGUGGGGUGGGCAGGGAGACGCCCCCCGCCACUCGCUAGCUGGAGUUUGCGCGGCUGGCCUCUACGGCCUCGGGUUCCUUUUGGGAUCAUCGACGGCGGCUCAAUCCCGAGAGCAUGGUGCCCGCGCCCGGGUUAAUCUAGUUCUCUGUUCGCUCCUUUUUCCUCCUCCUUCUCCUCCUCCUCCUCCUCUUUCUCUUCCUCCUCCUUUCCCUCCUGCCGGUGCUGCCUCUGGGUUCCCGGCGUGUGGGAGUACAACUCUGCCUCUCCAAGGAGACCGGCUUGUGACCACUGAAAAGAACUUGUUCAUUGAAAGCAAACCCGGAACAGCUGGAUAAUGUCCACCCCCAGCAGAUUCAAAAAGGACAAAGAGAUCAUAGCCGAGUAUGAAAGUCAAGUCAAAGAAAUCCGAGCUCAACUGGUAGAACAACAAAAAUGCCUGGAGCAGCAAACAGAGAUGCGAGUUCAGCUCCUCCAGGACCUGCAAGAUUUCUUCCGGAAAAAAGCCGAAAUUGAGACCGAAUACUCUAGGAACCUGGAGAAGUUGGCUGAAAGGUUCAUGGCAAAAACGAGAAGCACCAAGGAUCACCAGCAGUACAAGAAAGACCAAAACCUAUUGUCUCCAGUCAACUGCUGGUAUUUGCUCCUGAACCAAGUAAGGAGAGAAAGCAAAGACCACGCAACCUUGAGUGACAUCUAUCUGAACAAUGUGAUUAUGCGGUUCAUGCAGAUAAGUGAGGAUUCCACCAGGAUGUUUAAAAAGAGCAAAGAGAUUGCAUUUCAACUUCAUGAAGAUUUAAUGAAAGUUCUUAAUGAGCUUUACACGGUGAUGAAAACAUACCACAUGUAUCAUGCAGAGAGCAUCAGUGCAGAGAGCAAGCUGAAAGAGGCUGAGAAACAAGAGGAGAAGCAAAUUGGGAAAUCUGGUGAUCCUGUCUUCCAUAUUAGACUAGAAGAGAGACAUCAGCGGCGAAGCUCUGUAAAGAAAAUUGAAAAAAUGAAAGAAAAGAGACAAGCAAAGUAUUCAGAAAAUAAGCUAAAAUCGAUUAAGGCACGGAAUGAAUAUCUCCUAACACUUGAAGCAACUAAUGCCUCAGUUUUCAAGUACUAUAUUCAUGAUCUUUCGGAUUUAAUUGAUUGCUGUGAUCUUGGCUACCAUGCAAGUCUGAACAGAGCACUAAGAACAUAUCUCUCUGCUGAGUAUAACCUUGAAACCUCCAGACACGAGGGCCUAGACAUCAUCGAGAAUGCAGUUGACAAUUUAGAGCCAAGGAGUGAUAAACAGAGAUUCAUGGAGAUGUACCCUGCUGCAUUCUGUCCACCAAUGAAGUUUGAGUUUCAGUCUCACAUGGGUGAUGAGGUGUGUCAGGUCAGUGCCCAGCAACCGGUCCAGGCAGAGCUCAUGCUCAGGUACCAACAACUGCAGUCCCGCCUGGCCACGCUCAAAAUCGAGAACGAGGAGGUCAAAAAAACUACUGAAGCCACCUUGCAGACAAUACAAGAUAUGGUCACCAUUGAGGACUAUGAUGUAUCUGAAUGUUUCCAGCACAGCCGCUCCACAGAGUCUGUGAAGUCCACUGUCUCUGAAACCUACCUGAGCAAACCCAGCAUCGCCAAGAGGAGAGCCAACCAGCAGGAAACCGAGCAAUUCUACUUCAUGAAACUUAGAGAAUAUUUGGAAGGCAGUAAUCUCAUCACAAAACUUCAAGCCAAACAUGACUUGCUGCAGAGGACUCUUGGAGAAGGUCAUAGAGCUGAAUAUAUGACUACAAGGCCUCCAAAUGUUCCCCCUAAGCCCCAGAAACACAGGAAGUCCAGACCCCGCUCACAGUAUAAUGCUAAGUUGUUUAAUGGGGAUUUGGAAACAUUCGUCAAGGACUCAGGACAGGUCAUCCCCCUCAUUGUGGAAAGCUGUAUUCGGUUCAUCAAUCUCUAUGGUCUUCAGCAUCAAGGGAUUUUCAGAGUGUCUGGCUCCCAGGUGGAAGUCAAUGAUAUUAAAAAUUCAUUUGAGAGAGGUGAAAAUCCUCUGGCUGAUGACCAGAGUAACCAUGAUAUUAACUCAGUGGCUGGUGUUCUGAAGCUCUAUUUCCGUGGGCUGGAAAACCCCCUCUUUCCUAAGGAAAGAUUUAAUGAUCUGAUUUCUUGUAUCAGAAUAGAUAAUCUCUAUGAGAGGGCGCUUCACAUCCGCAAACUCCUCCUGACCUUGCCCAGGUCGGUCCUUAUAGUGAUGAGGUACCUCUUUGCCUUCCUCAAUCAUCUUUCACAGUACAGCGAUGAGAACAUGAUGGACCCUUACAACCUGGCCAUUUGCUUUGGCCCAACAUUGAUGCCCGUCCCAGAAAUACAGGAUCAAGUGUCUUGUCAAGCUCAUGUGAAUGAAAUCAUCAAGACCAUCAUCAUCCAUCAUGAGACUAUUUUCCCAGACACUAAAGAACUGGAUGGACCCGUUUAUGAGAAAUGUAUGGCUGGAGAUGACUACUGUGACAGCCCAUACAGUGAGCACGGUACAUUGGAGGAAGUGGACCAGGAUGCUGGUACCGAGCCCCACACCAGCGAAGAUGAAUGUGAGCCAAUAGAAGCAAUAGCCAAGUUUGACUAUGUUGGGCGGUCUGCCCGAGAACUGUCCUUCAAGAAGGGUGCCUCUCUGCUGCUGUAUCACCGUGCGUCUGAGGACUGGUGGGAAGGCAGGCACAACGGGAUUGACGGGCUUGUGCCUCACCAGUACAUAGUGGUGCAGGAUAUGGAUGAUACAUUUUCAGACACCCUGAGCCAAAAAGCUGACAGUGAAGCCAGCAGUGGCCCUGUCACUGAAGAUAAGUCUUCAUCCAAGGACAUGAACUCCCCAACAGACCGUCAUUCUGAUGGCUACUUAGCCAGACAAAGAAAAAGAGGAGAGCCACCCCCUCCGGCAAGGCGUCCUGGCAGGACCAGUGACGGCCAUUGUCCCCUCCACCCCCCACAUGCUCUAUCCAACUCUUCAGUUGAUCUGGGGUCCCCAAGCCUGGCCAGCCACCCCCGGGGCCUACUGCAGAACCGUGGCCUCAACAAUGACAGUCCUGAGAGGAGGCGUCGACCCGGCCACGGCAGCCUGACCAACAUCAGCCGGCACGACUCCCUCAAAAAGAUUGAUAGCCCUCCUAUCAGAAGGUCCACCUCAUCAGGGCAAUACACGGGCUUCAAUGACCACAAGCCACUGGACCCAGAGACAAUUGCUCAGGAUAUUGAAGAGACAAUGAACACUGCUUUGAAUGAACUCCGGGAACUGGAGAGACAGAGCACAGCAAAGCAUGCCCCUGAUGUGGUGCUGGAUACCUUGGAACAAGUGAAAAACUCUCCCACCCCUGCUACUUCCACAGAAUCUCUCAGCCCUUUGCACAACAUUGCCCUCAGGAGCUCAGAGCCUCAGAUUCGACGUAGCACUAGCUCCUCCAGUGACACAAUGAGUACUUUCAAGCCUAUGGUGGCACCCAGAAUGGGCGUGCAGCUGAAGCCCCCAGCCCUUAGGCCAAAACCUGCUGUUCUUCCAAAAACAAAUCCUACCAUAGGACCUGCCCCACCUUCCCAGGGUCCAACAGACAAGUCUUGCACGAUGUAAAAACCAGCUGAGCAAAGGCAUAAGGGGAGGUGAUUUAAAAGAAACGGAUUAGUGACAAAAGUCAGUGAUCCAUAACUUUCCUUAGUUUUGUGCUUAUAACUGGAGAUCUUUUGGCUUUUCUAUGUUGUCGAAUGUUAUGUCUGCAACUAGCUAACUUAACACGGGCAUUUGUAUUUUGUAAUUUUUUAAAUAACUGGACAUAUGUCAUUUUAAAGACAAUAGAAACACUUAGACUUACUUGAAAAUCCAAUGCUGCACCACUUGUAAUGAAGGCAACACCACUCCCCGCAUUGUCCAGUGCUUCAGGCUUAGUGGAGCCCAGGUGAAUCUCCUGAAAGCAGGAGAAUCUGAGUGCCAGGUUUUAUUGGAGUAGAACCAGUGUUGGUCUGUGGCAUUUAGGGUAAUAGCUGAAAGAUUAUGGCACUAUUUGGCAGCUGAGAGUGAGCACCUCUGAUUCCAUUCAGAGUAGGGGUCAAGCUCCUGCUAAAAACUUAAAAAAGGGUUGUCACAGUGGGACCUUCAGCCCGUGGCUUGAAUGAGUUGAAUGAUUGCCUUUUCUGUAACAGUCAUUUCCUUGGGUUCAGUUGAAAGACCAGUGAAGGGAGUAGAACCUCACAGUUAUUGCUUGAACUGAACCCGGGAAAUGAGAGAGAGAUGCCAUCUCAAAGCUAUAGAUGUGAAUCCUUCCAUAAGCAUGAUCAGGCCCCAGAGAUGUCCAAGUCCAUCAGGGCCUAGAAAGGACUAGAACAGUCUAAUGUUAAAGAUUUUCUAGUGAUACCACAAACCCCUAAAAAAAAAUCUGUUGUUCAAUAUCUGCCUACAAAAUAUGUGUCCCCUAAAUUCUUAUGUUAUCCUCUUUGGAAAUGGAGAGAGCAGACAGGACAUGAAUCCUUGAUUCACUAUGUGUUCUCCUCUGACAAAAUUACCUUGCUUCCUUUAAAUACAUCACAAAGGCCUGAUAAGCCUGCAUUUGAAAUCCCAGCUCUCCUCUCCAUUUUUCUCUUUGAGCCAACCCAGAACUGACUAUGGUACUUGAGUUCAAAAGCCAUGCUAGGCCAUAGUGGGAAGAUUAUCUUAUGAUUCCAGGGUGAUUUCCUCAUAAUUUUGUACCUUGGAACCAUGAUUUUUUUUUCAUGUAAUCUCUAUAUAACUCACAGUCAAGUGAGCUCAACUAGAGACUCUCUUUCUCUGUCAUCCUAGCACAGAGACAAUUUUUCAUUAGCCCAUAUUUUUACUAUAUUUCUCUAACUUAAAAAUUGGGUUUUUUUUGUUUUGUUUUUGUUUCUUUUAGUUUUGGAGCUGGGGAUUGAAUUUAAGGCCUCAUGCAUGCUAAACACACGCUUUACCACUGAGCUAAUCCCCAGGCCCUCCCCAAAUUGUCUUGAAUGCAAUUAUUCCUAUGAAGGUACAAAUCACCAUUGUCCCACUACUGGAGCUGAUAUCAUCUAUCAACCUAUGAGCAUUUUAUCUACAUUGUCAUUGAACUUCCCGAGUUAAACAAACAAACAAAAAUGGAUGCCUCAGAACAAACUCUGCUGGACACCUCUUGAUUGCCUUCUAGGUUUAGUUUCAAACUGGCAUCCAAUUGCAUGUCCACCUAAGAGCUGCACAGCAGGAACUUUAAUUAAUGGGCCCACAGGUGAAUGCAUUAUGCAGAAACAAAUCAAGAUCUGUACUAAAAUCAUUUCUUUGAUCUCUACCUCAAUUUGCCAUAUUAAUUGUUCUAUUUGAGAAAGAGAUUAAAUUAAUGAAGUAUUAUUAUCUUUCAAAUGACAUUGCCAAUUGCUUGCCUGAGGCCUGAUUUCACAAAUGGAUUGAAUAGUGGGAUUCCCCCCAGCAGCCCCCCGAGUAUUUCCAGGUAUGGUUAUAAAUUAUAAGCCUUAGAAUUUCCAUAAUGAUUCUUUAUUGGCCAUAUUGAAAAAGAGGCCCAGCUCAGCCUAAAUUCAUUUCCCCUAAAUUCAGUGGUUGUUCAGACCUUUGACACAACAGAGACCCACUUAGGACUGAGUUUUGAAUAGCACCAACCCUUUUAAACAGUUCUCCCUUAAAUUCUCUGACAAGUUUCAACUUUCUUUUAUAAUCCUCAGUUUUUUAAAAAUAAUCAGGAUUCUUAAAACCAUUUUCCUACUCUAAUGGAAGAGUAAGAGGUUAACAAAAUGCAUGAGAAGGACACAGGUGUUCUGAAUUUAUUUUUAAAUGCCUUCUAUGAACUUUUGACUAUAGCUUUUAGAUCUUACUCCCUCAAGUUCAUUCCUUCAUCUCCCUGGUAUUCCUCCCCAGGGUCUUCUCUCUUAGUGUUUCCACUAUAAUGAAAUAACAGUUGCCUUUCUGCCCCCCAAAUCAGGCCUCUGCUGCCUUGGAUGACAGAGGACGUGCUGCUGUAGAGUCUGGGAGACUGUGCCUUCUCUCAGGAAACAGCUCCUAUUGUACCCCAUCACUCCCUUUCUCUGGCUUCUCCCCACUUUUUCUCCCAAUACUCCUAAAGUCACCUCCAGACUUUUUCCUCAAUAACAAGCAAAGCAUGUGACCUCCAAGUGAGCAAGGACUCAGUAAGUUCUGGCCUCUUCUUACUUUGUUUAGUAAGUCUUCAGAGUCCAAGGAUAAGACAAGGUAACCACUUUCUUUGCAAAGGACCCAAAAUAACACCCAGUAAAGCUCAUUAAAAGCUGCAGCAGCUGAGAAGCUUCACCUGCCUCACGGCUUUCUUUAGGGCCACAGGUGCAGCGCACAGAGGGAAGACACAGGGAAGAGGGAGAGAAAAAAGGAAAUGAGUCUUGGAGAUGCUAUGUCCCCCUCUCCAUUUCAAGGGUCUUAGCAGUCUUACAGUUUGGGGAGGUGAUCAUUUUGAUGGUGAGUAAAUUAUAAUGCUAUAAAUAUUAACCUUAUUCCACCUGCACAAGUAUAUAUAUUCACAGCUGAUACAACUGUGUUCAUGUCCCAUUUAUAGAACUCAGUGCAGUAGCUGUACCAAGUCAGCUUUUUGGUUUGGCUAGGGAUCUGGGGAGUGGAUUGUUAGGAUAGAGAGGAAGGUACUUAGUACACAUUUUCUGAUGAGUGUUAGUAAAGUGUUUCAGCCUGUUGAGUGGCACUUUGUGGAGCUCCAUGUUCAUGUUCAGUGUCGAUGCCAUUGUUCAAUAGUUUCACAUGUCUUCACACAACAUAAUCUGACCAUGGGGCCCCUUGAGCCAUCCAUAGAAUAAUUUACAGCAGGGUCCCAUGUAAUCUACCACCUUAGUCAUGAACGGUAAUGAAAUGAUGUAGAGCUCCAAGGGUCAAAUGUAUUCUGUAAGAAUUUCCUAUGUACUUUUGCCAUUCCCAAAAUGGGUUUAUAAUUUAGUGAAAAGAAAACAGGGGAUGGGUUGGUUGUGGUGUCCAUAGCUUUUAGGAAUGAUAUAGCCUCUGAAGUCCACUAACUGAAAAAACUAUCAUCUGAUGAUUACAGCCUCUGAAAUCCAAUGUUAAAAAGCCUAGGGGUCCAUUAGGGAUAAGAAGACUUCAGAUGUGGCUUGAUACUUACUCCUGACCAUAGCAGUGAGAGGUUAUGAAUGCAGAAAAAUGCAUUUGGGACUUAGUCUUGCUUGCAGUUGUCCACCACAGAGGCCCUGAGACACACAGCAGCUUAGAAUUGAAGGCUCCUUCCAUGUGCAGAGCCCCGCUAUUCUGGAUCACCUACAGGGCUGAGAACCCAACCUCCAGCUGGGCUGGAGCAUGGGACUUGGUACAGGGUGACUUUGGCACAGAUGGGUAAAACAAGCUGGAAUCUGAGCUUUCACUUACCCGAUUAUGCUUUCUUUAAAAAGAAAGAAAAUAGUCUAUGUGGUAUAAUAGAGAAGGGUACCUGUAUCUUUAAAUUUCGUAGGGAAUUUUGUAUGUUUAAAUAAUUGUACUGGGUUCCAUAAUGCUUAUCUUAGAAAUUGUUUAGUAAAAGAAAAAAUAUAUAAGCCGUGCAUUUGUGAAUGCCCCUGUUAGAGCAUUCAUCCAAGUUCAAUGUGUAGUGUGAUGGUUAUUAUAGAUAAUUAAAGUAUAGUAAGUGGCUGUGUAACAAGAGAGACUGCUAUUUACCUGCAUACUUAAGGGUAACUCCUGCCCACGUAAUUAAAUCAGUAUUGUCCUUUCCUGUCAGUUUGACCAAUUGCAGUACUGGUAGCUUCCUGCUUGUGACUGUUACCUACUUGUGUCAAUGUACAUCUGUAGUAUGUACAUGUGAAAGUGCCUUUCUAUUUUAGAGGAGUUUAGCCUUGCUCUUGUACUGUCGCCCCGCCCCGCCCACCUCCUCCUCCCUGCAAUUCCUGCUGCCCACUUGAGUGUUUGGGAACGUCCUUCAUCCCUCCCUGCCCCGUUUCUACCCGCCUUUCUGUGCCUCAGUGGUCAGUGGUGUCUGUCAUGCAUCUUUGCGGGUCAUCAGACUGUCUCGUGUUCCUCCUAGACGUGGCCGUGCCUUUCUCACCCAGCAGUGACUCCGUCUCCUCCCAUCCCACCUGUCCGUGCCCUGCUCACGCUGCUACCUGCCAUUGUGUUCGCCCAUGCUCUGUACUGCCUCUUACCAUCACAUUCCCUCCUCUCUGAGACGAACAUAAAGGGGGAUGCUUUUACAGUUCUGGAAGAAGAAAAAAAAAAUGUUUGUUAAUCUGUUGUGACGAUGCACUUUUCUGUAUAGUACUGUACAUUUUGGCAUGUACCAUUACAGGCUUCAGUAUACAGUCGGGUUUGUUCUUCACGGUGUAUCUUUAUAAUAAAUAAGAUAGUUCUGGC